UACGAAAUGGCGAAGAAGACGCGAAAGAUAAAAUAAAAAAGACGAGAAAGGCAUUCUUUCUUCGUAAUUGGGUCUGUGACUGUGUAGUGUAGCGAGAGAAAUGGAUUUGCUUCCAGGAGAGAGCUCGCAGAUCGCGAAGAAGCACGGUUUCCGGUCACUGAAACUGGUGAACGUGGAAAUGGACAAGGUUCUGGAUCAGUAUCCGUUCGGAGCUCAAUACGGCCGUCUCGACAACGGCCUUACUUACUAUGUUCGCUGCAACUCCAAGCCUAGGAUGCGAGCUGCUCUUGCCCUCGCUGUCAAUGUCGGCUCAGUUUUGGAGGAGGAGGACGAGCGUGGAGUUGCGCACAUAGUCGAGCAUCUUGCAUUCAGUGCCACUGAGAAAUACACGAACCAUGAUAUUGUAAAAUUUCUUGAAAGUAUUGGGGCAGAGUUUGGUGCUUGCCAAAAUGCAUCAACUUCUGCAGAUGAGACUAUAUAUGAGUUGUUUGUUCCUGUUGACAAGCCUGAACUGUUAUCCCAGGCUAUUUCAGUCUUAGCAGAAUUCAGUUCGGAGAUUCGGGUUUCUAAAGAUGAUUUAGAAAAAGAAAGAGGAGCUGUCAUGGAAGAGUACAGAGGCAGCCGGAAUGCUAGUGGAAGGAUGCAGGAGGCACAUUGGGUUCUAAUGAUGGAAGGCUCAAAGUAUGCUGAACGUAUACCAAUUGGAACUGAGAAGGUAAUUCGGACGGUUUCUCCUGAGACGGUGAAGCAAUUUUAUCACAAGUGGUAUCAUUUACACAAUAUGGCGGUAAUAGCAGUCGGUGAUUUUUCUGAUACAGAGAGCGUUGUUGGGUUGAUUAAGACUCAUUUCGGGCAGAAAAAUUCAGUCCCUGACCCUCCACCCAUACCGAUCUUUCCAGUCCCUUGCCAUGAGGAUCAACGUUUUUCAUGUUUUGUCGAAUCUGAAGCUGCUGGGACUGCAGUGAUGAUCAGCUAUAUGGUGCCGGUAUGUGAGCUGAAGACAGUGAAGGACUACAGGGAUAUGCUUGCGGAGUCCAUGUUCCUACAUGCUCUAAAUCAGAGGUUCUUUAAAUUAUCUCGUACAAGGGAUCCACCUUACUUUUCUUGCUCUGCUGCUGCAGAUGAUCUAGCUUUUCCUUUGAGGGCUUAUAUAAUGAGUUCAUCUUGUAAAGAAAAAGGGACUCUUGAGGCCUUAGAAUCCAUGCUUCUUGAGGUUGCAAGAGUACGAUUACAUGGGUUUUCCGAACGCGAGAUAUCUGUUGUUCGCGCUUUACUGAUGUCUGAGGUUGAAUCUGCCUAUUUGGAGCGUGAUCAAAUGCAGUCAACCAGCUUGCGAGAUGAAUAUUUACAACAUUUCCUUCGCAAUGAACCGGUCAUUGGUAUUGAGUAUGAGGCUCAGCUCCAAAAAACCAUUCUUCCUUGUAUAUCAGCAUUAGAGGUAUCUAUGUAUUCAGAGAAGUUACGGACAUCAUGCAGCUGUGUCAUAAAGACAAUCGAACCUCGAGCUUAUGCUUCAGUAAAUGAUCUCAAAGAUGUGGUGUUGAGGGUCAAUAGUCUUGAGGAGGAAAGAAGCAUUUCCCCUUGGGAUGAUGAAAACAUCCCAGAAGAGAUUAUCACUACAAAGCCAAAGCCAGGGGAUAUUGUUCAGCAGCAUGAGUAUUCUAACAUUGGAGUAACUGAAUUAAUUCUUUCUAAUGGCAUGCGGAUAUGCUAUAAAUGUACAGACUUCUUGGAUGACCAGGUGCUUUUUACAGGCUUCUCAUAUGGAGGUUUAUCUGAACUCCCACAAAGUGAGUACUUAUCCUGCUCAAUGGGUUCAACCAUUGCUGGAGAGAUUGGUGUAUUUGGUUAUAGGCCAACUGUGCUAAUGGAUAUGCUUGCUGGUAAAAGAGUUGAAGUUGGUACAAAGGUUGGAGCAUACAUGAGAACAUUUUCUGGUGAUUGUUCACCCUCAGAUCUGGAGACAGCCUUGCAGCUCGUCUAUCAACUAUUUACAACAAAUGUAACGCCAGGAGCAGAAGAUGUCAAAAUAGUGAUGCAAAUGACAGAAGAAGCUAUUCGUGCACAAGAAAGAGAUCCCUACACUGUGUUUGCUAACAGAACGAAGGAGCUCAACUAUGGAAACUCCUAUUUCUUUAGGCCUAUCAGAAUAAAUGACCUUCAAAAAGUGGAUCCACUAAAAGCUUGUGAAUAUUUUAACUGCUGUUUCAAGGAUCCAUCAACUUUUACCGUUGUGGUAGUUGGAAACGUUGAUCCUACUUCAGCACUUCCUCUAAUAUUGCAGUAUUUGGGUGGAAUACCAAAGCCUUCUACACCUCUAUUAGAUUUGAACCGCGAUGAUCUUAAAGGCUUACCAGUCACAUUUCCCAGAAGAAUAAUUAGAGAGGUAGUUCGCAGCCCUAUGGUGGAAGCCCAAUGCUCCGUCCAGCUAAGCUUUCCUGUGGAGCUGAGGAAUGGAACGAUGGUGGAAGAGAUUCAUGGUGUUGGGUUCCUUAGUAAAAUUCUUGAGACAAAACUUAUGCAGGUUCUCCGGUUCAAGCAUGGGCAGAUCUAUUCUGCUGGUGUUUCAGUAUUCCUUGGAGGUAAUAAACCAUCAAGAACUGGUGAUGUACGCGGUGACAUUAGCGUAAAUUUUUCUUGUGAUCCUGAUAUCUCCUCAAGCCUGGUUGAUAUUGCUUUGGAGGAAAUAUUACAUCUUCAACAGGAAGGUCCUUCAGAUGAGGAGGUUUCAACUGUACUAGAAAUUGAGCAGAGAGCACAUGAAAAUGGACUGCAGGAAAACUACUACUGGCUAGAGAGAAUUUUGCGUAGCUACCAGUCAAGGAUUUAUACUGGUGAUGUUGGGGCUGCUUUCGAGGUUCAAGAUGAAGGGCGCUUGAGGGUUAGAAAAUCUCUGACACCAUUAACGGCGCAGUCAGCAUUACAAAGGAUUCUGCCUUAUCCUUGCAAGAAACAAUACACUGCAGUUAUUCUAAUGCCUCAGAUGUCACGCUUGAGGGCACUUCUUAAAUCCAUAACAAUCAUUUAUGGGGACGAUGUGAAGGUUUUAGCAGCAAUUGCUGGCUUAGCAGUUGUGGGCUUCAGUUUGUGGAGAUAUUCACGGCGUACUGUAAAAUAGAGGGAACACUUUAUCUGGGAGGUUAAGUAUACUUCAAAAUCUACAAAAGGAUUACGAUGGAUCAUGUCGUCGUUAGUUGAUUACCAUAGUUCCUUUAGGAGAUCAAUAUUCAAAGAACAAUAUAUGUUGCUGCUGCCAGUAACAGGAGGAAGCAACUGAAUUAAGUGCACGUGGCCAUUCGAAUUUCAAUGCUACGUAUACAUUCAUUUAAAUCAACUGUAUGAUGCACCUGCAAUCUUUUCUAUUACUUGCGUGUUGUAGAAUUAAUUUUGGUGUUGGCAAGAGAUUAUCAACUGGCAUAGUA